UCAGCAAAACAGCUGCAAUUGUAUUAAUUUUGUAGUAAAUGAAUUCGUUUUGUAAAUGUUUUUAUCCUAAUUUUCUAUUAAACUGAAGUCGCUAUGGACGAUUCGGUCUUUAAACAAAAAUACCAAAAGUACAAACUGCGAGUUAAAUUGUGGGAGAAAGAUUUUAAAAAGAAGAAUGGACGGGUUCCCUCAAAGUAUGAUAUUCGAGAAGCCAGUCAGGAGAUUCGCGAUUCCUACAAGAUGUAUUACAAGCUGAAGACAUCGUUUUUAGAGGAGACCCUCAAUGAUGUGCUCUGCGAAGAUGGCUACGAUAUCUUGGAAAUGUCACAGGCCAGCGAGUUGGGUGUCAGCCUGCUGGAUCAGGACAUUAGUGUCAGUGGAGGCCCGCAAUUGCCGUUGGAUAUAUCAGCCUUAGUAGAGCCACAAAGCUCCCAACAUAAUGAAAAGUCUUCUGAAGGGCAAAGCCCGUUUUCCAAUCUCCAGGACCUUCCAAAUCCCCAGGUGCUGAGCAACCUAUCCAACCGCGAUGAGAACCAUGUGAUACGAAAGUUCGAGGCAGUGGAAGAGCUGCCAAUUAAUCAGAAUGCCUGGGGAAUCGAUGUUAGCAAGAAGCCAGCUGCUCCCCUGGAGGCUUCUGUUUCAGCUCCAGAACAGCUCGGAAAACAGGUCAAGGGUGCGGCGGCCAGUCUAAAGCCCAGCCUGAGCGCCAAGUUAUUUCAGUCCACGCGCGGCUUUGCCAAACGCAAUCCCCGUAAGCCGCUUUCCAAAGGUUCCCUCAAUGCCUCUAAAAGUUCAUCCACCUCCCUCAACACUGGUGAUUUAAAUGCCUCCGAGGAGCUGCCCGACUUUGAAACCAUUCUUCUUCGCAAGGCCCAGGAAUAUAAGGAGAAGGAACAGACCAUAGCUGCCAAUCCUCUCCUUGCCGGUGAUCUUGCCAAAGAACCUAUUAAAACUCAGGUGGACGAGGGCUGGCUUCAACGAAAUACCAAGGAGAAUGCCCUUGAGGUGGAGACGCACACUGUGGAGCCCAAUAAUAAUAGUACUCCGCAGAGGAAAACCAAUUUUGGACUGACCAAUCUAGAUUUAAGCAAAUUAAAGCCAAGAAUUCAGGAAGAGCAGGUCAAGAUUGAACAGGAGGGGAAGCCGAUAGUGGAAGAACAAGCUUCCAAAAAGGAUCAGCCAGAUCCAGCUACAAAGGAAAACCAUAAACCCUCACCUCCUCGGCAGAGGCAAGCUCCUGUAGAACAGGAAAGCAGUUCUGAUUCUGACUCUGUGGUUGCGGAUAGUGAUGAGGAACCGGAGCUGCAGGAAUACCGCCAGCUGGCCAAGCGACGCAGGAUAGUGCCGACCACAACAGGAACAUCCGAAGUAGCUCCUCCAGCGGAAAUACCCAAAGACGCUGAAGCCAAGACUGAGACUGAAAGUAAGCCCUCCGACGAGGUUAAAGACGAAUACUUACCGGACUUCUCCGCUGACGAAGAGAAUGAUGCAACUUAUGAGCCGGCUAAGACCAAAAAGGAAAAAUCCAAGCGGAAACAAGCUGCUGGAAAACGACAAACCACCAAACCCAAGGCGGAACCUAAACCCAAAGCCGAAAAAAAACCCAAAAUUAAAGCCGAGAAGAAGCCGAAGGUUGAAAAGAAAACCAAAAACACCGCCACGGUCGAGGCUGCUUCUCAUAAUCCCGAAGAGGAGGAACAAAGUCAGCCAUUGAACCCUGAGGACCUUAAGUAUGUACUGGCCUUGGAAUCAGGAGACAUCACGUCAGUGCCCCGUAUUAAUCCUCAGGAUUUGGAAAAGGCCGAUGCCACGGCACAGCGCUACAUUAGCACCUUUGCUGUUCCUGCCUCUGCAUCCUCCAGCGGAUCCAACUUCCGGGUGGAUGAAAAACGAGCGGCUGCUCGGAAAAAACUGGAGGAGCGCAUUGCAUCCGGGAAGCUCAACGAAAACUUCGUGACCAUCAACAUUCAGAAGAAGAAAUUUGUGCGAGGCAAGAAGUCAGUUAAUUUCUCCAAAUACAAGAAGCAACAGUGGCGGCACAAGAAGCGAGUAGCUGCCCUAAGUGGGCCGGACAUGGACAUGGGAGGCUGUGAUGGCGGAGUGCUGACUUGUUUCGAAUGCGGUGGAGCUGGCCAUUUUGCGCGGGACUGCAAGGUUAAGGGGGACAGCCUGCUGCCCCUAUCAGCCCAGCUAGAAGAAGAUCCCUCGCCUUUCCCAACGCUCGCUGAGGUCCAGGAGAUGGCUUCUCAAUCCGCACUAGUGAUUCACAGUCGCAACAUAGAAAGAUUGCCCCAAGCAGCCAAUGCAGCAAUCCUGCAACGAGAAGAGCCCAAAGAUGAUGACGAAAUGGACAUCGAUAAUGAAGAGCAGAAGACUGAGGAGGAGGGCUUGGUACCCGAAAGUAGCGAGGAUGAAGAAAAACAUGAGUAUUCAGAACCAGAUUGGUCCAGCGAUGAGCAGGACAUUGAUUUUGAGGCUUUGGAUGCUGCUGUUGAAGCUUCACUUAGCCAGCCAGAAGCAAAACCAGCUUCUCCCAUUAAAACCUAUGUGGGCCACAAGAUUCCCGAGGAGUUCCUUAAGCAGGCUGGCUUGGAUUCCAGCUCCUCCACUUCAUCUCGAAGCCGGCAUGGCGGGGUACAGCCCCUGUAUGACCUCUUACCGGAUGGAAGUGUGCAGGAUACCACACCGGAGGUCAUGGAGGCACUACAUAUGUUCGGUCACAGCAAUUUCCGAAAGGGUCAAGAUCGGGCUAUCAUGCGCACGCUUUCGGGCCUGUCCUCCCUGGUAACCCUUAGCACGGGCAGUGGCAAGUCCUUGUGUUACCAGCUACCCGCCUACCUUUACAGCCGCAGAGUAGGUGCCAUUACACUGGUCAUUUCGCCCCUGGUGUCGCUUAUGGAGGACCAAGUGACUGGAGUUCCGCACUUUCUGCGAGCCCAUUGUCUGCACACCAAUCAGACGCCGCCGCAGCGAAUGAAGAUCCAGCAGCUGAUUGCCAAUGGGGAAAUCGACAUCCUGUUGGUGUCCCCGGAGGCAGUAGUUUCUGGGGAAAGAGCCACCGGGUUUGGGGCCAUUUUGCGCACUCUGCCGCCGAUCGCGUUUGCCUGCAUUGACGAGGCUCAUUGCGUCUCCCAGUGGAGUCACAACUUCCGUCCCAGCUACCUUAUGAUCUGCAAGGUGCUGCGCAAAAAUCUCGGCGUUCAAACCGUACUAGGACUCACGGCCACUGCUACAUUGCCUACUAGGGUGAGCAUCAUUAAUCACCUGGGAAUCGUAGAUGGCGAGCGCGGCAUAAUCAGCGAUACUCCCCUGCCGGAUAAUCUCAUCCUUUCAGUGUCUAAGGACGAUAAUAGGGAUGCAGCCUUGUUGCAGCUGCUUAAUAGCGAACGCUUCGAGCCGUGCCAGUCCAUCAUCAUCUACUGCACCCGGCGCGACGAGUGCGAGCGCAUCGCAGGAUUCAUUCGGACAUGUGUGCAGGACCGGAGGCAACCAUCUCAAGACCAAGGCAAAAAGCGUAAGCGGGUCAACUGGCAGGCAGAGCCCUACCAUGCUGGAAUGCCUGCUUCCAGGCGGCGAACUAUUCAAAAGGCCUUCAUGGGCAACGAACUGCGCAUCGUUGUAGCUACCAUUGCCUUUGGAAUGGGUAUCAAUAAGCCGGAUAUCCGGGCUGUUAUCCACUACAACAUGCCACGUAAUUUUGAGAGCUAUGUCCAGGAAAUCGGACGUGCAGGGCGCGAUGGAUUGCCGUCCCACUGUCAUCUCUUCCUGGACUCCAAGGGCGGGGACCAGAGCGAGCUUCGCAGGCACGUCUAUGCCAACUCCAUUGACCGUCACGUGAUCCGCAAACUGCUGCAAAAAAUAUUUGUGCCAUGCAGCUGCGAUAAGAAUCCAGAAAAGGGCACCGUUCAAUCAAUACCCGCUGAGGGCGAUGGCCCGCGGCCGCAUGUGUGCCCUGGACACGAGAUCGGUUUCUCUGUUGAAAAGACCGUCGAGAUGCUGGACAUUCCGGCGGAGAACAUUUCAACCCUGCUCUGCUAUAUGGAGCUGGAUCCGCGCUGGUGCAUCAGCGUGCUCAGCUCCGCCUAUGUAAUGGCAAAAGUGAUCUCAUAUGGUGGACCCAAGUACCUAAAGCACGCUGCCAAGGAGUGCCCGCCGCUGGCCAUGGCUAUAGCCUUGCAGAUCCGGGAUAAAACUUUUAAAGAUGACUCGAAUAUAAUCGAAUUCUCGGUGACCGACAUAGCAGCGGGCAUUGGUUGGAACAGUGGGGUGGUCAAGUACCAGCUAAAGGAUUUGGAGUGGGUAAAGGUAAACGGCUUUCCUAAACGCUCCCCCAUUACCGUGAGCUUCUACGAUCUAGGCUUCCGCAUCAAGGUUCCGGGGGAUUUUACGGAAACGGAGAUCGAUAGUGCCCUAGACACUCUUUACACGAGAUCCGUGAAACAGGAAAGCACGCAGCUUAUUCAGCUUCAGUAUGUGGCCCACGGCUUGGCGGCCGUUGCCUACAGUUCCGCUAGCCAGUGCUGCAGUGCGGACUUUCCGCAGGAUCGGUGCGAACAGCUGAAGGCAAUCGUACGAAAUUAUUUCCUCAAUGACUACCCGCAGGAUCUGGAACUAGAAGUGGAGCCGAGUAACGUGCCGGACGAGCACAUCGUAGAUGAUGUCCACGCGCUGAUCAACAUGUAUCCGGAUAAUACGUUCACUGGCCGGAACAUAGCCCGCAUCUUUCACGGCAUUCAGAGUCCUAACUAUCCGGCCGUGAUGUGGGGCCGUUGCAAAUUCUGGCGGGCUCAUGUCAAGAUCAAUUUCAACCGUAUCCUACAGCUGGCUAAUAUGGCCAUUAUAAAGCGACGCACUUGAUCAUAAUAACCUAAAGAGAUGGACACAAAAAUAAUUAAGCUCUGUGUUUCUAUGUGUGAUGUCAUCUUAGUCCGUACUGGAUAAAGGAUAACAAUUAAUUAAAAAAUGUGUGAUGCCAUUUGAAAGUACA